AUGGUCAGAGUGUCGCGCGGCUGUCAGUCCUGCGUUGACGCUAAGCUUCAGUCAACACCGUCGCCCUCUCCAUCGAAAUCCCCAUCGCCGACCGAAUCCCCUGAACAAUGCCUUCAAAAGCGACAAAGCGGCGAGCAGGUUGUACUACCGUCACGACCUUUUCCUCGAACUUCACCCCGGGCUGAGUACAGACCUGUACCGCUUCUGGCCUUGGACGGUUAUAUCAACCCAUCGUUAACCGUCACGGCUGUCAAUUCCCAGCAGGCUCAGGUCUUCACCAACUACGUCCUCGCUUCGUUUCCAUGCUUCUUCCGGUGUACAGAAACACGAGUCCCUGUCAAUUGGGUGGAAUAUGUUGAUCAAAGGGGCAGCUCGAUGAACUCUUGUUUCGACUGGGCCGUACGAGCAUGUACAUCUGCAUAUCUGGGCUCCCUUCACGACGAUCAGCGAUAUUUGGUUGCGUCGCGGAGCUUAUACCACCGUGCUCUUCGCGGCCUCGGCAAUCUAUUAUCUAGCGAAAAGACCGCCAAGUCGGAUGAGGUUCUAGCGUCGGCGAUCGUAUUAGCCAUUUUCGAAAAGCAUAACUGCAGCAGCCCGGAUGCGUGGCUGCGACAUGCCGCCGGGAUCCGGACGCUGAUGAAGCUUCGUGGGCCGAAAGCGCAUCUGGAGGGCUUUGGUCGCGCGAUGUACAUUGUAUACCGAAACUUUCUCAUUACGGCGGCUUUGGUUGAAGGCGAAGCUUGCUUUCUUGAAGAGCCUGAGUGGCAGGCGCUCAACGAGGAGAUCGCCGCCAGUGAUGCCAAGUUACCGACUUCUUCGCUGUAUACAGACGUGGUCGAGAGAGGAUUCCUCUCAGUAAUUAAGAUCCCGGGGCUCGUGAAACGAACACGCGAACUCCAGUGUCUUUCAUCGAAGAAGAGGGCGGAAGUUCAACCGGCACUCCUCCAAGACGUGCAGGCAACUCGAGCUGGACUUCGAGGCAUAUACACGGAAUUUGGAGUCGCAGUAUCAAUGCUUCGCUCGGGCCAGGAUGAAAACGAUACCUUCGUGGGGCCUGUCCCGAAUUUCUUCUUCGAGGGCUACUCUUCUCUUUUUGCCCGAGGCGUCCGCUUAGGUUUAUUGAUCCUUAACUACUUGAUCGUGAUAAUGGAUCCCAAGCAACGAGCAACAAUCGACUCCGAGAACUUCAUGCUUCUUAAUGACAUGACCCGCAGCCAACGAAGUACGCAUCCCGCCCUUGAGUUCAAGCUUCCGCUUACGCCUCCCAAAUCUCCUGGCCGUCCAGGUUUAGUCGUGCGGUCGCUGAUCACGGAAGAAACGCGGGAACCACCGACAACCGACUGGAUGGAUCGCAUUACUAGCACGAUGGGACUCGAGGCUGUCCACGUCAGUCUGGUCGGGUGA